CUUUUUCGUUAGGACUUGUGUAUUAGAAUUCUAAAGAAGAAGGAAGGAAGAAGAAGAAGAAGAAGUGGAGGCGGUGACCAUGGCGGACGAUCUCCAGGGUGGAGUCUGCAGCGGCAAUUGGUGGGCUAGAAGUGGCGGCGGGUUCGGUGGCACGUCGUCUUCUCUGUGCGCGGCCACGGCGCCUAUGCCUGAGCUGGGCAACAGCUUUCGCUGGCCAUCCGAGAUCACAGAGGUGAAGGCAAGGUCCGGCGAGGAGUCGGUCGACAACCACUCGAACUCGGUCUCCAGCGGCGGCUCCAUGGUCUUUCAAGAGGCCAGUAAGCAGGAUUCAGGCGGCGUGCUCAUAGAUUCGCCCUUGCAGCUCGCCGGCUUCGAUCUCUCGCCGUCUAUGGCACCGGACUGGGGCCACGCUUUGAUUCGUGGUGGUGGAAGAGCAGAGGGCAGCGUGCAUACCAUGCUUCAAGAGGAAGACCUGAACUCUCUGCCAAUUUUCCGGCGAGAACAAUCAAUGAGUUCCGGUCACUUUCAUAAGGAUUGGGCUUGUGGGACAGAUUCAAACAUCAACGUAAUGAAGCAGAUGCAACAAAACGGCUUCUUUGGACUUGAACAACGCCUGAAUUCUCGCGACUCCUCCAUCUCUGGCAGGGGUACUAAUGUUUCGAUGAAUAACUUCAGCAGCUAUGGAUGCCCUUCAGCCAUGCUGCAAGGGUUGCUUGAUCAAGAGGCUCAUUUGAUAAACAUGCCCACCAUGAACUGCCGUUUGAAUUCACAGUCAUUACCUGCUGAUGAAUUUUCUCCUUCUUGGCCUAAGUUCCCCCAGUUUCUCAAACCAGUAUCAUCUUCCUCGUCCUCAUCACCUCAUAAACAUCACCCAAGUAGCCAAUUGCAGUUCCAAAAUAGCGCUCCAUUCUGGAAUGCAACGGCGACCAUGGCAGCAGAUAUUCGGCCAACCCUAUAUGCUUCCCCAACCCCACAAUUUCUCAGCCCAGCGUUUGAAGAUAAGCCAAGUAUCCAUGAUAUCAUCUCCAAGAGGAAUGCCGAAGAAAUUCGCGACGUGAGCUCUCCUGAUAUGAAGAAAAGUAGCAGUACAGAAUCAUUUAAAAGGCCUCGAAUUGAGACCCCAACUCCGUUGCCGGCAUUCAAGGUUCGGAAAGAAAAACUAAGUGACAGAGUUACUGCGCUGCAGCAGUUAGUUUCACCUUUCGGGAAGACUGAUACGGCAUCAGUCCUUCAAGAAGCAAUUCAGUACAUCAAAUUCCUCCAUGAACAAGUUAAUGUGCUUAGCAAUCCAUAUAUGAAAAGUGGAGCGCAGAUGCAUCAGCAUCACCAGAACUCGGACAAAUUAAAAGACCAUGAACGUCCCAAACAAGAUCUAAGGAGUAGAGGACUCUGCCUUGUCCCUAUCUCUAGUACGUUCCCCAGCGAGGCUACAGCAGAUUUCUGGACGCCAACAUUUGGAGUGAAUUACAGAUAGGGGAAGAAAAGGCCAAGAACUUGGAGGAACAAAUUCUCAUCAGGUUCGGGCUUCAAACUACAGCAAGUUGUGAAGCAAAAGAAUAGAGUGAAUACUAAAAAUGAAAGAAAAAGAAGGACAGGAUGAAAAGUAAAGAAAGGAAAAGCGAGAGAUAAAAGGAAAAAGGAAGAAGAAAAGAUUGAAGUCGAGGAGAAGGGUGACUGUGGCCUUUGGUGGAAAAAGCAAAGAGAAAAAAAGGGAGGUGACAGUUCAGAGACGGUCCACGUUGGGACAGCUACAGAAGAAAAGAUGGAAGAACGGCCAAGAUUUCAGGGCCGUUGAAGAGAAUUUCUGUGUGUAGUAAUUCUGAUUAAAAGAACUGGAAAAAAAAAUAGUGAUAAUAAAGUUGUGUAAGUUCAUUUUGUUUAUGGCUUUUUCUUUAGUAUAUUUGGAGGGGCGCGGCUGCAUUUUGCAGGAAAGGAGGGAUGUGUCUUCUGAUGAAUCUAAAGAAAACAGGAAGAAAGUAUUCUUUUCUGUAGAAGAAGAAGAAAUAACAAAAAGAAAUGAUUGAGUUCCGGAA